UCAACGGUGGAGGUAGUUCUGUUCUCCCUCAACGCUGUGCAUGCACUUCGCGCUCUGGUGUUGUUGUCGGCUAUUCCAACUUCAUGUCGGGUGCAGAAUGCGCGAGCUUAGAAUACUAUUGGUCUAAUUCAAAUAGCCUAAGGACUUAUAUGGGGAAUAACAACACAUCCUCUUGAAGGCACAUCUUUAAAAAAGUCAGACAAUGCUGGCCUCUUCACCAAUGUCAUCAGCCCAUGCGCGCAAAAGCCAGUGGUUGCGCAGCGCCCUGUGCCACCACUACAACCCGGAUCCUUUCGUGGAGAACGAGAUACUGGUCCUGGCGACUGGCAUUGACCAAUACUUGCAGGAGAUCUUCCAUCACUUGGCAUUCCACAACUCCGAGGACAUUGUCUCGGGAGAGGACUUUAGGACGCUUUGCACAAUAUUGGGAAUUUCCAAAGCAAGAAGAAACCACCACAUCCAGAAAGAAGGCGAGGAGGGGAUUGACAUUCUCGCCCACCUUCCUUGCGAGCUGAACUUCAGGGAAUUCCACGGUCGACUUUGUGGUCAUUUCUCCCUGAAAGCACGAGAGGGGAAAUCAACGUUUCGUCUCCCUGUCACCGAGGAAACUGAGCACAUAGAACGCGAGAUCCGAGUUCGGUGGCCCCGGGUUCGCCGCCGAAAAUGUGUCAGCUUUGACCUGUCCAAAGAACAGUCACAACCUGCCAAAAUAACUCAGGGAAACUCGACUCACUCGCAAAAGCGCGUCUCUGCUGACUGGAGCGGACAGACAGCCAAUGGCCUCAGUCCUAAGGGCAUCCUCCAGGAGCAGCAGAGGGCUGAGAACGCCAGCCUGAGUGCUGAGAACGCCAGCCUGAGGGAGCUGGUGGAGGACCUGCGCUCGGCACUGCAGGCCAGUGAUGCCCGCUGCAUGGCCCUGGAGGUGGCACUACACAGGGCUGCUGCAGAGUGGGAGGGACAGAGACCCACCGCCACAACCACUCCGAAGACCACAUCCACAACAAUGACCACCACCCCCCCUCCUCCUCCGUCAGGCCAGGGUGAGCGGAGCAGUAGCAUCCGGAGUUGGAGGAAAGCACUGGACCUGCAGCGGGAGCUGGAGCUGAUUCGUUCGUCGCGUGAUGGACAGCUGCAGGAGGCCAUGCGCUACAGUCGGCAGCUGGAGGAGGAGCUGACCUCCGCCCACAGGCGGACAGGGCUGCUGGAGGAGGUGUCAGGACGACUGAGGAAGGAGCGCGCUCACAUGAGGAGCAAGAUGGAGGAGGCACGCGAGGCGCUGGCCGCCGGCCUGAAGAGGGUGGAGGAGCUGCAGAGCCAGGCCAGCCAGGUGGCCCCGCUGCAGCAGCACGUCCGGCAGCUACAGCUGGAGCUCGACCAUGUCAGGUCUGUCUGUGCCUGCCGUGAAGCCGGGUCGAGUGAAGCAGAGGGGGACUAUGAGAGGGAGAAGCGACCAGCAGAGGAGGAGGAGUCCUGGCUGUCUACAGCUCAUCUCUGUCCUGGGGGCGAAGACAGCAGUGUCAGAGGAGGUGAGGAGUGCAUGCAGAGGGCUGUGGAGGGCCGCGCGGCUUCAGACGAGGAGGAAGAGGAGAGGGGAGAGGAGGAAGGACAGUGCUGUCUCCUGGAGGCAAAGAGGCUGAGCCAGCGCCUGCAGCACUGCACCAGAGGGUGCCAAAGCGCUGCCGUGCGCCACAUCUUCUCCUUGCAUGGCCUUCAGCACGGUGAAUGGGAGGGCUGUGCAGGCGUGGGCAGGCCCAGCGGUGUCGCCGCCGCCAACCAUCACAGUCGCGACUGGAAGAGAGCCAGAGAGCUAGAGAAGGAGCUGGAGCUGCGUCAUCAGGAGGUGUCCAUGCUGCAGGCGGAGCUACAGCAGCUGGAGACUGAGCGUGUGCGGCUGUCUCUACUGGAGGAGCGCUUCACUGACGCACUCACACUGCUCAUGCAGCUACGCUCUAAGAGGGUGUCCCGGAGGAUGCUGGGUAAAAUCCUAAUGAGCUCUUUGGAUGUCUUCAGCCAGAAAGAUCAAGGUCCUUAUGCUGUGGUGCAGGUGGUGGACACCCUUUGCCACCUGCUCUUAUCCAGUGACCUCCUGCUCUCGGCUGGAGAGGGAUCCUCAGGAGGGGAGGGCGGAGGACAAGUACCCUACAAUAAGGUCACCUCCUCCAGCCCCGGCUCCACCAACUCCCUGCUCAUCUCCUGCUGAGUGGAGGAUGCCGUAGCUGUAGCUGCCAACCUCUCCUACCCCAUCCCAGUAGCCAGGCCACGCCCUCCUAGUGACGCCACACCUUUGGAGUUGCUUCUAGUCAGGCCACGAGCAAUACAAGUAUCGCUUCUGAGCUCCGCAGAAAUCGGGAACUCCACCCACUUUGUCGGGAAGCGAUCAACUUAAAGCAGCUCCAACGAGGGUGGUGGGUUAACCAGGCCAUUUGGGAAACACUAUUCAUUGUCUUCUUGGUCAGACCAACAUCUUGAUGAUUGAUCAUGAGAUUUGCAAGUCAAUGAUAAUCAGGCAACCAUACCAAUGCAGUGGCUUGAGGGGUGCAUAUGAAUACCCAUCCUCCAUUUGCUUGCUUUGUCCUCUGUCCUUGUACCAUCGCAGACAUUUCAAACCAUGAUAACAUGUUGACAGAACCAGGACGGGGGAGCGUAGAGGUGGACCUUCACAGGGCGCAUUCCUCCAUCUGGCCUGACCUUGAGUGGGUCGAUGGAGGACAAGCACCCUGGAAUAAAGUCACCUCCACCUGCCCUGGCUCCACCAACUCCCCGCUCAUCUCCUGCUGAGCCUACUGGAGGCAUUAUGUAUUGGGGGACACAGACACCUUUGCUCCCCUAAGAGAAAGUUUGGGAGGGGAAAAAACAUACUACAUACUGUUCGUUGCUAAGGUUCGUUUGAUAAGAUUUUGAUGAUGUCAUGGCACAAGAACCUGAUCUUCUCUCCGGUCUUUUUCCUCUUGCCAUCCUGAGAGUCUUUGAUCUUCUCAGGCACAGACCGCUCCAUUAGCUCAACCCAGUAAGACCAGGAAAGGCAUCUGUGGGUAUUUAGUGUUGACAAUUACACUCCCCCUAUGACAUCUCCCCAUGAUCUCUGGGCAUGUUAGGAGAGGUGGCUCUCUGGCAUUUCUCUGUGGACAAUAUGGCCUGCCUCCUUUUUUCAUAUCAAUGUAGAAUGGUGGACUUUGCUCUUAGUUAGGUUUAACUUUGAAAACGAAGUUAAAAUACCAUAUGUACUACUACUAAAUACUAAUACUAAUCUGCGGUCCCAUGGACUAUGAUAUAAGCUACGGUAAGCUGUUUCCCAUCGUUGUACUCCCACUUUUCUAAUGAAGCAUUUUCUCAAGAGCAUUUUCUCAUUUUCUACCUCUGGUCUGCUACCUCUCCUAUCAUUUUGGGAUACAAAUGGAAACAGAAAGGUCUCAAUUUUCGUAGGUUUAGUAAUUAUUUACAAGAUGCUGGAGAGAUUGACAGAUUUCCUGAAAUGAGAUAAUUUAUUGUCUCUGUUCAUCUCACUUCUCCUUCAAAACUCCAGAGGGCGUUACCGCUAAACUGUUCAUAGUUUACCAGCUUUGAAAGUCAUGUCAGUUAUCAGGGUGUGCUUCAGAUAGAGAAGUAUAUAAACGGAUCUUGUCGAUAGGUGUUUUGAUUGGUUCAUGUGUUUCUUACUUUUUUGUCUUUCUAUGCUCUCUGAUGUUGUAUGAUACACUUAAAUUCAAGAAUUCCUCAUGGCACACAGUUUUAAAUGGCACUUACAGAAGCAUGGUAACUGCAUGCAUCUUUCAAAACCGCAGCACUAAAUUGUGUGCGUGUGCGUGUGUGUGUGUGUGUGUGUGUGUGUGUGUGUGUGUGUGUGUGUGUGUGUGUGUGUGUGUGUGUGUGUGUGUGUGUGUGUGUGUGUGUGUGUGUGUGUGUUUAUCUUCAGCAGGUACAACUUUGCCAUGAUUUGUAUUAAGAGUUAUUUCAAAAUAUAGA